GUAUAUCUUGUCUUCCGUGAACAAUGCGUACUGCGUGUCUGAUUUGAACUCCGUUUAGAAAUUGGAUUCCACGUGCAAUAUCAAGGAAUAUAUUUCACGUUUGACGCAUUUGAUGUUUUACAAGUGAUUCGUGGUAUCGUACAGUUUGCAAGUGCGUAAGAAUGAAUUUCCGAUUUUAACUUUGGAAGGGUGUUAUCCGCGAAGGUGUCACUUGGAAUAACACUCCAAUCGGGAACAAUUCACCACACCUCUUCCAUCAUCGAGGAGACGACCGCAAAGAACGACAGAAUCAGACACCGUGGAAAGCACAUCUCGUUUCGGAACGUAUAACGACAGAAAACCAGACACCGUCGUCCCCACGCGACGAUCCUUCUCCGGCCCCUCCAAGGACCAGUCUGGACAGUGGGGCUUACAGGGAUAGGGAGUUUUAGCGGGUAAGUACUGCACCACUCCAUAGUAGAUACGGGGAAUCCCACGAGAUCUUGGUAAAACAACCUCGGACCUUUCAAAGAAGGAGAAGGUUCAAAGAAGGCUGGGGAUUGCGUGGGAUUUCCCGCACCGCUUACAAGGCGGUAAAGGACCUACCUACCCUACCCGCUAAAACUCCCGUGGUGUUCUACUAUACAUAUACGUACUAAAGGGAGAUUCUUGGAACGUCGACAACGAAACUUCCAGCGCUGGACGCAACUGACUCCAACCUUUUCCACCAAGUACGAAGGAAUGCUAGUCGAUCAGAAUUGAAAGCUACUUGUAGGGCGCUUAAUCCCAUCACUACUGGUAGUAUCACGAGUGUUGGAGGGAGAAGCACCAAGGAGGAGUGGAAGAAGGCAGAGAUGGUUGCGGGACCUGAUAACGUAGGCCUGCCCCGACUAAUUACUCGUAUUUACUCGCAGAAGGAGAAGAAGACGGCACGGAGCGACGUAGAACACGAAGAGUCCCGGGGUAGUAGGCACGAGGAAGGUCGUCCGAGAGGAACGAGCAAAAGAUGGCCUGUCCAGAAAAGCCGGUCACGGCGCUCACCGUCUCCCUCGUCUACCUUCUGGCACUCUUCGGUUCCUACUGUCAAAUGGCACCAGCCGUGGCAGGGGCCACCAGAGGCUGGAACGUGGGAAGUGGCCUCGAGUACAAGCUGACGACGACCUUGCUCUUCAACGAGGCUGCUCCGUCGAAAUCCAGCGGGGACGUUGGCUUCCGAAUGACCGGCGGCCUGGACGUGACCGCCGUUUGGCAUAUGCCCACCGACCGCGACACCUUUUUGCUCAGUAUCGAGCUGGUAUCGCCGCAGUUAUGGAUCAAGUCUCGAAGAGCCCCCGAACCAGAGGGUUUCGUCGAGCAUUCGUCUCAGGUGAGCGUGAUCGCCAGGAAGCCAUUGUUGGUGGUCUGGAAGAACGGGGAGAUUAAAUCUGUGUACAUGGAUCCAUCGGAGAGCGUCUCCUCGGCGAAUCUGAAGCGCGGCCUGGCUAGCCUCUUCCAGUACAGAGUGUUCGACGACGACGUUGAAGAACGAGACGCCUCUGGUCUCUGCAACGUGAUCUACCACUCCUUGGGUCCCAAGACGGUAGGGAAACGAAAGACAGUCUGCGAGCAGAGCGCUCUGCCACCGAGAAAACGCCAUCCUAAUCCUCUCUUCGGUGUGAAACUCGCGAGUACACGCAAUUCCACUUACGAGCUCACGCAGAACCUUUUGCCAAGUAUGGUUCGCGACGAGGAGAGGCAUGAAAUGACGCUGACCGCUAGACCGGAAAUUGGCACCAUUGUUAUAUCGAAAAGGACGCUCGAGUUGGUCCCUGGCACUUUGACCGUGGAAACCGUGCAGGCGAACACCUUGAAAGAAGCUAUCGCAGCGUUGCAACCCAGAUACCAGGAAACGAACAUGGAACUUCAAUUGGAGCAGUCCACUUGUCCUAACGGCGUGUGUCAAACGAUCGAGCAAACGAUCGAGGAGUACCGCAGCGCAUUGGAGAAUAACGCGAUAGGCACGGGAAAAUCGGCGUCAGCGUUCCUGAAGUUGGCACCUCUAGUCAAAUCUGCGACGCCAGACGAGCUCCUCAAGAUAUUGAAAAGCCCGCGGUAUCGUCAAUUAAAAACGCAGCUGUUGGACGUUGUUGGUUCCGUGUCAACGUUGGCAGGCCAUCAAGUGGCCAUGAAGGUCCUCAGACAGGACGAGGUAGGCGAAGACACCGAGAGAUACCUUUGGGCUUUGUCUCUGUCGCCGACUCCCAACGCGGACAUCGUGAAAGAUAUUCUGAAGCGGUCCGAGGAAACAAUCCAGAACAAUAAAGUCUCUGAAACGUUGGCCUUGACCGCGGCAGCGAUGUCGCGCCACUUGGAAUCGGCGACAGCCGUCGAGAAAGCGAGAGUCAGCUUGGAAAUCGGCCUGGAUAGCUGCACAGGGGAGGAGUGCAAACUAAAGUUCCUCAGAGCUUUCAGAAACCUGAGAAGCAAAGCUGCGAUACCUACCCUACUGAGAUUCGCGACCAGCGAGAAUAAGGCGAUCAGCGUGGAAGCUUGGCGGGCGCUAUCCACGAUCCCCAAGGACUCGAUAACCCCCGAGGUGCUAAUUAUCGCCAAGCGAGUCUUCUACCAAAUCGGUGGGCCUAAAAGGGACAGCAGUGCCCGAACAUUGGCGUUGGACAUCAUCCUCGAGUCCAAACCUUCCAAAGAGGACGUCGAAGGCCUGGUGAAAUACUUAACCGGCAACGAUCCUGCCUACGAAAUUCGAAAAUACUUGAGCCAACGUUUGGAACAGCUCUCCGAAAAGGACUCCAAGUUAGCAGCUUACUUGGACGAGAUCCUGACGAGGGCUGGGACGAAUGUGGUCAAUUACAACGUGUUCUCGCAGCGCGGUUUGAGUACUGCUUUUACGAGAAGCUUCCUAAAAUCGGCAGCCAGCAACGGAUCUCUGGUGACGGUGCAGGAAAUCAACUCUGGAUUGUUGAAACGAGGGAUAGUGAACGUGGUCCUGGAGGUCGACGAUCACGAGGAAGCACUGUUCUCUCUAGGACUCUUCGCUGGCGGUCUCGGCAGCUUCGUUUCGAGUUCCGGCGAGGAAGAGGACUCGCAGGAAGACGAAUUGGCCACAGCAGGAAUGGAGAUCGAUUUUCUGGGCGUUGGUAUCAGGCCGUUCAUCUUCUUCUCCGGGCAAGGGGAGCUAAUGGGUCACGUAUGGUCUGGCACCGCUUCCACGCGGACUCCAGCGUUCCAGGCUCUGGCUUCCAUUCACAACUACAACGAGUACAUUCCUUUAGCCUCUGGUAUCGUUGCAGAGUCCGACGUUCAGGGUGCGGUGAGCUUUGAUUUGGCAGGGCAAAUCCUGCUUAGUCUGUGGUCCAGAAACGCUCAGUCUUUGGUAGAUUUGAAAGCAGGUGUGGCGAUCCAAGGUGGCACCAAGGUACGCACCGAUUUCGUGCAGAGCAUCGCGGAGUUUUCAAUGACGAUGGAACCGAAACUGGAGCUGGCAACCGACGUAGAUUUUUCCGGGCCAGUUUCCUUGUGUAUGAGGCUCAGUCAACCUAAUGAUGUCGUCAAGUAUCAGAUUUACAAAAUCGAACGAAUAGCUGGCAGUAGACACAGGCUCCGAAAGACUAGAAGAAUGAAGCUACACAAUCCGGGCAGGUCCUAUCUUCUAAACAGGAAGAACAACGAAAUGUGUUCGAAGGUGUUCAGUUAACUUUUGAAGACUGCGUGAGAUGUUGUUGCAGGAGUUUACAAAGACAAUUCUAUUGAAAGUAUCGUUUUCUUUCCUCUGCGUGUUACACGAGACGUUGUUCAAACUGGGAUCGCGUGCCUUUUCUUGUACGUGUGUUGUAUACAUAGGAGUGAUGUAUUUUUAUACUGUGUGAAUUUCAUGCGUAGGCGUUCCUGUGAGGCUUCGUGGACGGAGAGCAGUGGUCCGUUUAUUUAAAAAGUCACACAAACUCAUUCCAAUUAUUAGUACAUUUUCUUUUUUAGCUCUUUUUAAGCUGAUUUCAUUUUGCCCAUGUCUCUUUUUAUGUGCAUUUGUAUAAUGACUUUCCAACUGAACAUUCCUGACACUUUUACACACACGAGUUUACAAAGUUAGUAACAUUUAAAUAAAUUCCUGUCAAAGUAUAGUUAUCGAAGAUUUUGUCUAAAGUUCCCUUUAAUUCGCAUGUGUUCCGAGGUGAAGGAACUUGUAAUGAACUUGAACGAACUAGAAGUAUAUAAAAAUAUGUAUGCGAUCUCGAUGUAUUUUAUAAAAUUUAUUCUUACCAACGUAA